AGUACCAGUCAGCAUCACCACAAACUCUGUUUUUUAUUGCUGCACAGCUGAUUGCAGUUUCAUUAAGACAGGCAGUAAAGAAGCUUUUCUGUCUUUCAAUGUGCAAAGGAUAAGCAAACAAGUCAUGAAUAAAGUUUCUGUACCCUUAUUAAUGAUUGGAUUUCAAGGGAUAAUAACCUUCAGUUAACAGGCUGAACUAUGGAUUGUGGAUAUACAAGUAGAAAUUUAAGAGUUCAAGCAUUUAAGAGAUAAUUCAAACACUUUUCCAUACUCUUCCACUUCUCUCCAUGGAUCUGGAUACUUAAUGUCUCAAUUGAAAUUUCUGUGCCAGAUACCUAUGGAGUGGUAAAAAAGAAUGAAACUCUGAGAAGUCCAUGGUUCCAAUCACGUUCAUCACGCCUGUGUGUGAGCCUUCACUACUACACUCCUACUCCUGCAGUAAGUGGAUCCACAGCUGCAGGGCUUUAUAUUCAAUAUGAAGGUGACAGCAAAUCCAGCUUUGUGAAAAAUCUGACUACCAGUAAGGAUACCUGGCAGGAGGAAAGAAUUACUCAUGACCUGACUGAAAAAUUGAAUAUUAAGAUAAGACUUAUCAUUUAUGUCUAUGCGGAUAAAUAUUUUGCCCUUGGAAGUGUCCGAGAAUGCGACCCAUUUGGUGAUUUUCGAGUAUCCACAGGUGAUUUUCGAGUAUCCACAGAGUCUGUAGCAAGAGACUUAUCCUGUCACCCACUGAAGUAUCCAAGUAUAGCAGUCACUCUUCAAAAGACAAACACAACCUUCUCAGAUUGUGGACCCAACUGCAUGCUGAGCCAUGAUAAAUUCCCAUUUAAUAAACUUGUACACAGUGGUAGUGGUGCUGUUUUCUGCAAACAAACACAUAACAGCAAUGUCUGCUUCUGUAAUCCUGGAUUCCGUGGUUCCAACUGCUUAAUCAGUUGUGCAAAUGGUUUGUUUGGUAUUAAUUGUAAGGAAGAAUGUGGAUACUGUUCAAAACAGGUGUUUUGUAGCAAGACUAACGGCAGAUGUGCAUAUGGCUGUGAGAGUAGGUACAGUCCCCCAAUGUGCAAGAAAAAAUAUCCAGUACUUAAAGAAACACCAACUUGCAUUUCAAGUACUCCAACUACAAUAACUGUGAGAAAAUUGGACUUAGACUACGACGGAGACAUUCCCCCUGUAAUUUAUCAGCUGCAGUAUGUGUCAUCAGAAAUUCUUACUCAGAACAGAGGGUGGACUACAGUUAAUCAAUACAGUGGUGAAGAACAACUUAUACAUGGUUUAGAACCAGCAUCUAGCUAUGCAGUACGAGUUGUUCUAAUUGAUGAGACGGGGGCUGGUUACAAUGGCACUGAUGUACAAUAUGCAGUGUGUAACACAACAUGUAACUAUUCUGUGAAAGUAGAUGUGAUAGCUUCAAGCCAAAGUAUCACAGUAAAUUGGAAGGAACCUGAUCACCCCUGUCACAUAAGUUCGUACUUCUUAGAUGUUGAAGAAGUAGGAAGUACUUCUCAUAUCAGAAAGAGUGUGUCAUCUCUGCCUUUUCAAAUGACAGGGCUUAAACCAUAUACAAAUUAUACGUGGAUGGUGAUAUAUGGUAAUAACACAAUUUCUACAGACACUCUGAGAACUCUUGAAGGUGCUCCAGAAGCUCCAGUGAACUUGGAGGCUAUAGAAACGUCUUCACAUUCCAUGAGCUUAACAUGGGAACACCCUAACAUUACAAAUGGCAUAAUAAGGAGGUUUGAAGUACAGGUGAAACUAGUUUCAUCCAAGUUACGGAAGCAGGAAGGAGAAACAAAAUUUCCUGAGUAUCGGCUAGAAGGGAAUAAUAUGAGAAUAUCUAAGGUUUACUCAUAUAAAGUGGAACAUUUAUGGCCAUCAUCACAAUAUGAGGUGUCUGUUCGUGGGGUAACUCUUGAGCCUGGUAUUACUGCUGUUUUGACUGUGAAUACAUCAUCAGUUGUACCUAAUGUUGGUUCACAACUUAAGCUUGUGCAUAAUCUUAUAACCAAUACCACUCUUCAGGUUGUCAUUCCAUCUGCAGAUCGGUUUCUUACUGCAAGCAGUUCUUACUUUGUGAUUGUAAUGUCUGACCGGGAAGAAGUAGUUGAAAAUGACUCUGUAUAUUUACUGAAACCAAAGAUACUGAGUGAACAUAUUCUGAGGGAAGCAAAGGUUGAAAAUGAUGGACAUUCUUGGAUUGCUGCAGAAAUAAAGCCUGAAGAUGAAGAAAGACAUUUCACAGUUGGUGAUAACUCAACUAGUGGCUUAGGUGAUGGCUACUGGAACCGACCUCUGACACCUGGAGUGCAGUACCAGGUGACUCUAGUAGCAGUCAAUGGUCAGGAUGGUGAAUACAAAUAUAGUUUUGUAAGACUAGAACAUCCUGUACAGGCUCUGUCUGAACCCAAACCUGGAGAUGGAAGUAGAAGUGAAGCUGGUUGGGCCGCACUGCUGCUGUUACUGUUAUUGCCAGGAAUUGUAUACUUCAUUAUACGAAGAAAGCAGAUGAAGAAAAAAGGUGAUACACUGGAAUUGAAAGCAAAUGAUGUGCUGUAUGGAAACCAGGGUGGUUCUACAGAAAAUAUAACAGGACUAGACCUAGAAACAGAAGGAAUUCUUGUAAAACCAAAGCUUGCACCAUCUCAAAGAUUCAGCCGCAGGGUAGCAAUUGGGGAGCUAGAGAAGUAUGUGAAAGAAGGUUUAACAUCUGGUGAACUGCAGCGUCAACAUGCUCUCUUUCCAAGGGGACAGACUCGGCCUUGGGAUUAUGGUCGACUUCCUCAGAACAAAGCAAAAAAUCGAUAUGGUAAUCUUGUGGCAUAUGAUGAAACAAGGGUGAAACUGAAGAAACUACCAGAGGAUCAAUUUUCAGAUUACAUAAAUGCAAAUUACAUAAAUGGUUACAACUCUCCCAACUUCUACAUUGCAACACAAGGUCCUAAACGCAACACAGUUGUAGACUUCUGGAGAAUGAUAUGGCAAGAACAUGUACAAGUUAUUGCCAUGCUAGCUAAUAUUGUGGAGAGUGGCAAGCUGAAGUGUGAGCAAUACUGGCCAGAAAUUGGACAAGAGGUUCUGCAUGGUUGUGUAUCUGUUCUGAAUGUUUCAAGUCAAGUAUUUGCAGAUUUCACAUUCAGAGUGCUAAAUGUUACCUGUAAGGGAAAGACAAGAAAGAUCCAACACCUUCAUUUUACUUCAUGGCCAGACCAUGGUGUGCCACUGUACCCUCAGUCUGUGGCAUCAUACCUCAAGAAGCUGCUUGCAGCACCAAAAGGCUCUGGCCCAAUUGUGGUACACUGCAGUGCUGGAGUAGGAAGAACUGGAACCAUCAUCCUUUCAGAUGUUUGUCUUCGAAUGGCUGCAGCAGAACGUUAUGUGGAUGUACUAGCAUUCCAGCAACAAAUUAGAGAACACCGAGCCAAUAUGGUGGACAAUUUUAAUCAAUAUAAGUUUGUUCAUCUGGUUCUACUGGAAUGUCUGGUGACUGAACCAUCUAGCGUCACAUGUGAUGGAUACUUGGAAAAGCAUGUAAAUGAGUUGCGACAGACAGGUGCGAUGCUGCGACAAUUCAAGCGUAUGCAUGAGCUGAGUUGGCAAGACCAAGCACUCAGUUCCACCUCUGUACAGACAAGCCACUCACAAGUGCCAGCAAAUAAAUCCAAGAACAGAUCCCAGAAAAUUGUGCCAGGUCAGAGUGGCAGAUUAUUCAUCACUCGAUAUCCUUUUGAGGAUGUGAACUCGGAGUAUAUAAAUGCCGUGUAUGUGGAUGGGUUCCGGCUCAAGGAUCAGUUUGUGGCUACACAAUUUCCACUGACAUCAACUGUCGGUGACUUCUGGAGACUUAUAGCUGAGAAGAAUGUAUCUCUCAUCGUGGUGCUGAAUGAAGUAGAAACGCAAAUUAAGAAUGUGUGUGCAUUCUGGCCCAUGGAGCAGCAGUCCCACAUGAACCCAGUCCCUUAUAUUAGAAUCACAUUGAAGCUGGAAGAUAAAGCCACACACUGGUCAACUCACACCAUUUCUUUUUCAGAAAAUGAUGCUGCAAGUAAGCCAAAGGAUAGAAUUGUACACAUCUUACAACUGAAUGGAUGGAAGAGUAAUGAGAUGCUUCCCCCUUCAACUUCUGUCAUGUUGCAGUUUUGGCAUGAAACUGAGCGGCUCUAUGGUGGCAAUGGACCGAUAGUUGUAACCUGCCUCGAUGGUGCAAAUGCAUGUGGAUAUUUCUUGGCACUGGCAUUUCUAGUGGAGAAAAUUAAACUGGAACAAGAGUGUGAUGUCUGCCAUGCUGUUCGGAUGGUGCGUCAGAAUCGAGAGCAGUUUGUGCCAACUUUUGAGCAGUUUGAAUCCCUGUAUGAAGCAGCCAUAACCUAUCUAAACUCAUUUCAAACAUACGCUAACUUCAACUGACUUCAAGAAGGGAGAACCCAAUUUGCAGUAAAGGAGGUGACUGUGUCUCCACACUGGACACUCACAUGGUUAAAUAUUGCUGGGCUACCAAUACCCUGCCUGUAGUUUGUGUGGCGAUCAACUUUCUCUUCACCGCAGGGAGGUGACUGUGUCUCCACACUGGACACUCACAUGGCUAAAUAUUGCUGGGCUACCAAUACCCUGCCUGUACUUCAUGUUAUGUUGAAUUGUGUAUAUUUUCCACUGUGUGUUGGUGAGCAUCCUUGAUGUGGUGACUGGGUGAGUGUCCAGUGUUUUAGAGAUUUUCAGAUACACUAACCAAGCCACAUCUCUUAUUCAUAACUGAAUGCCCCCUUUUAUAACUUGUAUUUAGGUGAACUUUCAGAACCCUCCCACCCUUAAUAUGAUUUCAAGACACCUUAGCAAUUUUGUUCAUCCUCUGUACUUUAAAAUAGUUUUAUUUUAUAUAGUUCUUUUAGAUUACAAUAUUACUUUAAUUAAAACUAGUUUCUGGAUCGCCAGAUGAUUUCUAAAAUCUGUAAAAGUGUGUAGUUCUUCAAAAUACAUCUACUCCCUAUAUGAAAACAUUUACAAGGAAGAAUGAUGUCUCAAUACCACAGCCUAAAGAGUUGGACAUGGGUAUAGAAACAUAAAAAAUAACCUGUUAUUCAUCAAGUGUUGUCA